GAAACUAGCUCCUCCACCUCGAGCGAGGAAAGCAUUGGUUGGACGGGAUGAAUGAGUUCUUGUCGCGCGCAGUUGAUCAAGCACGGCCUUCCACUCAGCUGGCGAAUAAUCACCACCUGCUCCCUCUCAGUCCGUCGGUACGCUUCCCGUCCCUUCACCACCCCGCUACCCUUCGCCGUCUCCCUCUCCUCCGCCGCCCGCGCCGCCGCCGGCCGCGACGACCUCCGCCUCGUCGGAUCCAUCCACGCUGCCGCAGUCGUCAACGGACUCCACUACCACGUCGUUGUCGCCACUUCCAUCCUCGACGCUUAUUCUAAAUGCGGCGACUUGUCUUCCUCCCGCAAGGUGUUCGACGCGAUGCCGCAUAGAAACGCGAUCUCUUGGAACGCCAUAAUCGCCGGCUACACGAACUCGGGGAUGGGCAUCUCUGCGCUGGAGUUGUUCGUCAGCAUGAAAUCCAAUGAGUCGACGGUUGGCGUCAAUGAGUACACAGUGUCGAGCUGUGUGACCGCGAGUGCGGGGAUCAGCGACGUGGUCUCUGGUGCACAGAUCCAUGGCUAUGCUGUGAAGUUGGGGUUCGAGGAAGACCACGCCGUCGCUAGUUCCUUAGCCAAUAUGUAUUUCAGGUGCGGACAUGUCGAAAGUGCCAGGAAAGCCAUGAAAGGAAGGGAAAACGACUGUUUGAGAUCCAAAUUCAUGAUGAUUAAUGGCUAUGUUGUCAAUGGCAGGUACUUUGAUGCUCUUGAUUUCAUUGUUAGAAAUGCCUUGCAGGAUCUUGCAGUAAUCGUGAUGAUAGACUUCAGUAUCCUCGUCUCCAUCUUAACAAUCUGCGCUCAAAUUCGAUCCCUCAGACUAGGGAAGCAGGUUCAUGCUUUGAUCAUCACACUUGGAACUAAUAAAUAUGGCUCAUCAAAUUAUGGUUCCAAUGCUGUUCUGUGGAGUGCUCUAAUUAAUAUGUAUUGCAAGUGUUCCAGGGUCAUGGAAGCUCGAUGCGUGUUUGACAGAUUGCAUUGUAGGCAUGCUUCUUGCUGGAACUCAUUGAUUACAGGGCAUAUUCACAAUGGGUUGUUGGAAGAAGCUCGUCAAUUCUUCAAUAACAUGAAGAACAAGGAUGUGAUCACAUGGACAUCAAUGAUAUCUGGUUAUGUGCAAAAUGGAUUGCCGCAAGAGGGGCUCAAAUUGAUGGCAAACUUACAAAACGCUGGUGGUGGGUUGUUACCCGGUAACACCUUCACUUUUCCAGUUGCAUUGGAUGCUUGUAGUUGCCUUGCAGCAUUAGCUUGCGGCAAGCAAAUUCAUGCUCAAGCUGUGCGAACAGGAGCUCAAUUUGGUCUUAAUUCUGUGGUUCUAGAAACAUCUCUCAUUGACAUGUAUUCCAAGUCAGGCAACUUAAAGUAUGCACGAAUAAUAUUUGACCGAAUGGGAAAGAAGAACGAAGUAUCAUGGACUUCAAUGAUCAAUGGCUAUGCAGUUCAUGGAUCAGGUAUAGAAGCUAUCAAUAUUUUCAAUAAAAUGAUAGGAUUGGGGCUAGAACCAAAUGAGGUUACUUUUGUAGCAGCUUUAACUGCUUGUAGUCGGUGCGGUUUGGUAGAUGAAGCAACCUGUUAUUUCAAGUUAAUGAGUGAAAGAUAUGGAAUUCUUCCCACUAAAGACCAUUUUACAUGCAUAAUAGAUUUGUUAGGUCGAGCAGGGAAACUUACAGAAGUUUGGAAGUUGCUAGAGGAGCUAAAAGCUGCAAGAACAAACUGUGAGAAGGCCAGCAACUUGGACAAUGUCGAGCAUGCUUCCUUAUGGGGUGCAUUGCUUGCAGGAUGCUGUGUUCAUGGGGAACUGGAUUUGGGUAGGAAAGUGGCUAAUAAGAUGCUUGAGAGCAAGCAACAAAUUUCCGGGUCAUAUAUUGCACUUUCUAACCUUUAUGCAGCUUCAGGUUGGUGGGGUGAAGUUUAUAGAGUCAGAGAGGAGUGGAUGAAGGAAGGUGUUCCCAUGGAGCCAGGACAAAGCAAAAUCCAAAAUGUUGCUCUUAUAUAAGAUGCUCAAUUGCCGUGCUUGCUUAACGUUGGGGUAGUAGAUAUUGCCUGGGCAAACUUUGUCACUAAACUCAGAAUCGAACAGCAAAGCGUCAGGCUUUUGGAAGCAUUUCUCAAAUGCAGUUUCUUAAUCAGCAAUCAAGUUCUUCAUCCAAGCAUUUAUGUAACACUGUAUUUUGGAACAAGUGAUCUAGCAUGGUCAAUGAGAGAGACUCAAGUGUUGUGACAUUGUCAAACUAAAGGCACUCAACAUUUGAGCAUCGACAAGGAACUGUUGAAGAAAGUUUAUACACUAUAAUUUACUUGUGAGAUUUGGCAUGCAUCUGGCAUAUGCUUCAGUGAGAUUUCUUUGAGAAAAGCUUCAGUGGGUCUCACGUACAGUGAAAGGUUGAGAGUGUAUACGCAGAAUAUGCCAAACUAUACAACUUCUUUGGUAAUCUCCCCCAUGUGUUGAUAUUUUUUUUUUUUUUGCAAUAUAAAAUUAUAUUCAACGCUAUUGAUGCUAAUUAUUAUAUUUGUUUGAAUAAUUUGCUAACUCUACAUGAAGUGUUAAUGUAAUACUGGUAAAUGAAGGUUGA